AUGGGGAACCCAGCUGUGAAAAAACGGAAUGGAAUAAUGCCGAUUGAAAUAAAAAACGAGCUAGAUUCCGCUUUGGAAGACUCUUCUCCAUCAUUUUCAACAGUGAAGAAAUGGGCUGCUGAAUUUAAACGCGGCCGUUCAUCCAUCUUUGACGAUGAACGUUCGGGUCGUCCGAAAACCGCCACGAAUGAGGAAAUCAUCCAAAAAAUCCACGAUAGCGUGUUAAAUGAUCGACGAAUAAAAAUGCGUGAGCUUUCUCACAUUGCAAACAUCUCAAUAGAUCGUGUUCACAACAUCUUACAUGAACAUUUGCAUAUGAAAAAGCUCUCGGCGCGAUGGGUGCCGCGUUUGUUAACGGUCGAUCAGAAACGUAUUCGAAUGAACAUUUCUCAAGAGUGCUUGGAUAUGUUUGAACGCAAUUCAGCCGAAUUUCUGCGACGAUUUAUCACUGUCGAUGAAAUACGGAUUCAUUACACGCCAGAGACGAAACAACAAUCAAAACAAUGGGUGGAAGCGGAUAGAAGUCCAAAGAAGGCAAAAACAGUUCUAUCAGCUGGAAAGGUGAUGGCGACUGUUUUUUGGGAUUCGCAAGGUGUGGUGUUUAUAGAUUAUCUAGAAAAAGGCAAAAUCAGUGGAGAGUAUUACGCAGCAUUGCUAGAGCACCUGAACAAUGCUAUUAAGAUCAAACGUCCUUAUUUGGCAAAGAAAAAAGUGCUUUUCCAUCACGACAAUGUACCUGCUCACACGUCUUCAAUUGCAAUUGCAAAGCUCCAUGAAUUGCGUUUCGAAUUGUUACCACACGCACUAUACUCACCAGAUUUAACUGCCGAGAACUUUUCGAACUAUCCUCGUAUAUACAGUAGCGCAAUUUGGGUGGCACCCGAUUGA